GCUUGGAUGAAACUUCGAAUAGAUUUUCUCAAGACUUAAUUUUUUUGACCAAACACUUCAAACUGUCAUUACUCCUGUUUCUCACAUUUUUUGGCAGUGUCUGCUCCAACACCUUUUCAAAUUAAUCUUUUAAGCAGUGGUACUAUCUACAUUCUGACUUAAGUUUUGUCACAUUGAGAUUCGUUUUCCCAGGGAUGGUCACAUUUACAUAACUUCCGUCAUAGGUGUCAACAGAUCUGCCUUUUAUCACACAUAAUCUCACUUUGAUCUGAAUAGAGUUAAACUGUGUAGCGUAGGUAUGAUAAUUCUGUGUUCUUUUUUCUAGCAGGAGAGUCCGCUUGUGGGUCGUACCACAGUUGUACGGAGUGUCGAAAUGAUCCCGAGUGUGGUUGGUGUGACGAUGGCUCAAACACCGGGCUAGGACACUGCUUGCCUGGUGGCAGCAACGGCCCUCACAGCCCUAUGACUUGCGCCCCUCACUUAUGGGCAUUCACUUAUUGUCCAACUUGCCAAUGUAACGGCCACAGUACUUGUCCCAACAACACGAGUGUAUGUGGACCAUGCGCAAAUUUAACCCAAGGUCGCAAUUGCCACCAGUGCCAGCCUGGUUAUUAUGGAAAUCCGCUGAACGGAGGCAAAUGUGAAC